UCCCUCAGGUCUUCCCCGGCAACGAUUUCGUCGACAUUCCCUUGAACGCCGACGAGGGCCCUGCCUGGUCGCUGCUCGUCGGCGUCAUGAGGGGCGCCCUACGCUUCCACCGUCUCCGCGUGGCGAGAUCGGGGCGGAUCUCCGGCCGGAGCAACGAGGUGCUGGAGAUCUUUCACGACCUCGAAAGGCCGCCGGGGUGCAGCCUGGGGGCCGACGCCGCCCUGGCUCCGGACGGCCGCUCCCUCUGCGUCGUGCAGCAGGAGGAGAACGAGCCAACCCACGCCCUGCGGCUGCAGCUGGAAGCCGCCGAGGAGGAGCUGCGGGCUGAAGCGCCCCUCCCUCCGCUGGCCUGGAGCACGCAAGGCCGGUGCAUGCCCAUCUCCGCGGACGGCCACCUAUGGGCCGUGUCCGCGGACCGCUGCUCUAUCUCCAGUUUCCACGUGGUGGUGCAACGCCUCGUCAUCCACGAGGAGGAAGAGGGCGUAGCCGGAGGAUGCUGGGAGCAGGUCGGCAGCCCCUCCAUCCACCAUUGCAAAUUCGACCGCUCGUUCCCCAUCUGGGGUGGCAGCUUCCUCCAGGGCUACGCGGUGCUCCCCGGCCACGGCCGGGACGGGGGCACCAUGAUUCUCAUCUCCCUCCAGAAUGGCCUCUUCUUCACCUUCGAUUGCUCCGCCCCGGACUCCGGCUGGACCAAGGUAAUCCACACUACCUCAGACGACCACUACGUCCCUAUCAAUGGCCGUGGCCUGUACGCACAAGAGAGCAACGCCAUCUACAUGCUGUGGAACAACGUGGUCUACGAAUACAAGCUCACACCGGCAGAUGAGGAGCCAAGGAUCAAGCUGCAUCCGCCUGCGAGGAUCGACUCCGUCUGUCCUUUCAUUGUGAUGACAGGAGAUGGCUUCCUCGCCCAUCUCGGCUCGGGGGUCCUGUGCUCCGUCUGGAUCAGCCUCGACCUCUCAUGCGGGUGUGACCACCUACAUGCCUUUGUCACCACCUUCCACAUUGCUCCCCUGCCCUGGGAUGUCAAGGUCCUGCACUCCACCUUCCGCCGGCUCGACAUGUUGCCCAUGAAACACAUCCAUGACUUUCAAUUAUGCUUUGUGCAAGAGUAUAUGGACGAGAAGAUGCUGCCUCAACCCCAUGAAGACCAAGUGCCUGAUGAUCCUUGCAGGCAUUAUCUCCCACCAAGUCCUCCUAGGUACGUGAAGCCACCACCUAUCCAUAUUGACAAGGAUAUCUUGUUUAUUAUCUGCCAAGGUGGUUCACAAUCAUUUAUCUAUAAAACCAGUCUGGAUGAGAUUCUAGAGUUAGAAACAGACCCUCCUCUCAAACCACAUUACAUUGUACAUGGAGAUGAUCAUGGUCACAGGCAUUUUUUUCGGAGUAGCUCAGAUCUAUGUGCUGUCUCAUUCCUAAAAGAUGGCAUGGAUGUGAUUAAUCUGGACACCACAUGUCACACUAUGGAUAUCCUUGCACGACGGCCUGUUUCUGUUGAUCCUUUUGUUAUGGUUAUCCAAGUUGGUCGAGAGACUUUUGCUCUUACUGAAACUCUCCAAGUUUACUCUAAGGCCCACUCUGUUUCUCCUCCUGGAUCCACCUCAUGGGUGCGCUGCCACACAGACCAGUCUUAUGUUCUUGACAGGAAGGUCAAGCUCUCGGGAUAUGUAGCACUGGGUGAUGAUUCCUUUAUAGUCUCUGAUAGUAUCACAUGUUCUUGUCUUCGGUUUGACAUCGGUGCAAUGAAGUGGCAUGUUGUCGUGCCUUGGACUCUAUGGGGAGAAUACCUGCCAAGGGCUAUGCCUAGAAACCGCCUUUUAAACGGCGCAUGUGUAUUUGUGGAUGGUUUUAUCUACACAUGCUCAAAUCGUGGGCUUGCUGCUUAUGAACUACUCUCUGAAAAUCCUUUGUGUCACACCUCUCAUUGAUCAAGUGGAAGGAAUUGAUCGAGAGGAAGUAAUCGGAACCACAUGCUUUGGGGUCUCUUUCUGAUGGGUACAUUUGUUGAUUCUAGCCAUAUUUCUUACUAGAUUCCACAUCGAUAGCGAUGCGGCAAGCCGGCAACUCAGUGCAAGGAUCUGUAUGAAGGAUUGAACUUGAGAGUGCUAGAUACAGUACUUGAAGUGAGCGAGCGAGAAAUUUCCAACGGAGUACCAAGGUUUUGGAUCCCAAGUGGAGAUUUUUUUCUCGAGGGGCACCGAGAUUCUCGGUAACCACGGUAACCACGAAUUACCGGAAAAA